AUGAUCGUUUGCGACCACCUUGACCUAGCUGCAACUCGCGCGAAGGAGAAAGUGAAUUGGUUACUUCAAGUGGAGAGAGCGCCUGCAACUCUGAAUACUCAUUACUACACCGACUAUCGUGACAAGUUCCUCGCAUACUACAGAGGCUGCAGAGAAAAUAACCAGGAUAUCAUGUCCAACAUUCGACAACUGGCGGUCGACCAGAAUAGAGAGCUCGGAAUCUCUGCGACAGUUGAUGAUUUGCCCAGAUUGCUACCCCCGGACCCAUUGGAGGUGGCGCUGGGAAUAAUGGCGAGCGUCCGAGGGUAUUUUCAAGUUGCAUACAAGCGUUUCGUUGACAUGGUGCAUUUGGCAAUUGACCACGAAAUGGUCCGAGGAAUGGAACGCGGCCUCGACGAGGCCCUCCUGGACAGACUGCAAGUUGCAGGUGAUGGUGCACACGAGCGCUGUGCUGCGAUGCUCCAAGAACCUGCGGCCAUCGCAUCGAAGAGACAAGAACUAUUGAAGAAGUUAGAAAGACUGCGUGCGGCACGUACUGAGCUGACGCGGUUGAGUGUUUGAGGUUCCCACUGGUGUUUGUUUGCCUCUUCUGUACUGUCCCUUUGUUUCGCCAACCACUUGGUCUGCCUUUUGCUUAACUGAAUGUACUUGUUUUGAUAUUCGAGUAACGUUGCCACGAAGUGCGUGUGCUCUUGACCCAACCUGAAAUGCGAUUCAAUUAUUGUCAA